AAACACAAACAAGUUCGAUGUUUUACAGAGACACAAUCCUACUUGCUUUUUUCCUUAAGUUUCUGUCAAGAUAUUUUCAGUUGCACACAUUUUAUUUUUAUUUUAUCUUUUUUUAAUGGAUUAUGAGGUCAUCCCGACAACUGAGGAAGAAGAGGGACAACGACAGUAGCAGGGAAAGUUAACGUCGAGGUAAAGGAGACCAAAGUGCCUUAGGACCCUGCAUGGAAACUUCUUCAGUCUGAACACAAGAUGGACCAUGAAGUGGCUGACCUCCCCUCCGGCCCCCUGGAUAUCUACAGGAAGAAAGCCUCUUUCAACUGGAAGGACAUGCUUCUCUUCCUAGAUGGAGAGGAAAUACUGGCAUUCAAGCACCAUGUGUACAGGACUCUGGAGAACGAUCCUCUGUUUGCCCGUCGGCCCGGUGAAGACGUCCCCAUGGAGAAGAUGAGGGAGCUGACCUUCCUCAGGGUGAAGCAGCUCUUCCGCUACGACUUCAUUACAAAAGAGGAGACGAUGGCGAACCCCUGGAAGACCGUGGUCCUCAGUGACUGUCUGGGCAUGUACGACUGGGCCAUGUCCGCCAAGUUCUUCCUCAACAAAGGGAUGUUUGGAGCAACUGUUGCCAACUCAGGAUCAGGGAGACACAGCAGAUACGUAGAGAACACUGAAGACAUGACGACGUUUGGCUGCUUCGCACUGACUGAACUGAGUCAUGGCAGCAACACCAGAGCCAUGAGGACCACAGCCACGUACGACCCCUCCACCCAGGAGUUUGUGAUCCACUCUCCAGACUUCGAGGCUGCCAAGUUCUGGGUGGGGAAUCUCGGUAAGACGGCCACGCACGCUGUGGUGUUCGCUCAGCUCUACACACCCGACCGAGUCUGCCACGGCUUGCACUCCUUCAUUGUCCCGGUGAGAGACCCUAAGACCCUGCUGGCUCUGCCAGGUGUGCUGGUGGGAGACAUAGGGAAGAAGCUGGGCCAGAACGGACUGGAUAAUGGGUUUGCUUUGUUCCACAAUGUGAGGAUCCCCCGGGAGAAUCUGCUGAAUAAGACAGGAGAUGUUACCGCUGACGGACGCUACCUGACUCCAUUCAAGGACCCCAACAAGCGUUUUGGGGCCUCUCUGGGGGCCCUGUCAGGGGGCAGGGUGUCCAUCACCAGGAUGGCUCUGAUCAACCUGAAGCUGGCUCUGGUUGUGGCCAUCCGCUUCUCAGCCACCAGGAGACAGUUUGGACCCAAAGACACAGAGGAGAUCCCUGUUUUGGAGUACCAGCUACAGCAAUGGCGUCUGAUCCCGUACCUGGCUGCAGCGUACGCUCUUGAACGCUUCUCCAAAGACAUCUUCAUGAACUUUGUGGAGUUCCAGAUCGGACAGAUAAUGAGAGACAACAGUGACAGACAGGCAGAGAUGGGUAAAGAGAUCCAUGCAAUAGGCUGCUCCAGUAAACCACUGGGGUCCUGGACAGCUCAGAGGGGGAUCCAGGAGUGCAGGGAGGCCUGUGGAGGACAUGGAUACCUGGCCAUGAACCGGCUCGGUAACCUGCGUGACGACAAUGAUCCUAACUGCACAUAUGAAGGAGACAACAACGUGCUGCUGCAGCAGACCAGCAACUACCUGCUGAGCUGGCUCCAGGCCAAGCUGCACGACGGGGUGCGGAUCGAGUCUCCUCUUCACACUGUGGAUUUCCUGGAUGAUUUCCGCAGGAUCCUGGGAACCAAGUUCAAAGCAACGUCUAUGGAGGAGUGUAUGGACUCUGCAGUGCCUCUGGCAGCCUAUAAGUGGCUGGUGUGUUUCCUGUUGGUGGAGAGUCAGAAGAGGCUGCAGCAGCAGAGAGCCUCAGGCAAGGGGGAGUUUGAGGCUCGCAACAACAGCCAGGUGUACUACUGCCGGUCCCUGGCCAUCGCCUACAUCGAACACGACUGCCUCCGGAGGUUUCAUGAGCAGACGACAGAUGAGGAUACACCAGCUGGUCUCAGACCAGUGCUCAGGAAGCUGUGUGCCCUGUAUGGUCUGUGGAGCCUCAGCAGCCACAUGGCCACACUGUACCAGGGUAAUUACCUGAGUGGGCGGGAACCUGCGGAGCUGGUCCAGAUGUCCAUUCUCUCUCUCUGCUCACAGCUGAAAGAUGAUGCUGUCUCACUGGUGGAUGUUCUUGCACCCACUGACUUCAUGCUCAACUCACCUGUUGGCUGUGCUGAUGGACAGCUGUACAAGAACCUGUGGUCGACGGUGAUGCAGGGCAGCCAGGUGCUGGACCGGCCCUCCUGGUGGAAAGAGUUCUGCUCAGACAAACCUGCGGUUGGAUCCCUGCGUCCAAAACUCUAGAACGCAGAAUCUCUGCAGGAGAACCAGGAUCCGGGUCCACAGUCUCUGCAUCACCUCAGAAACUGAGCAAACACAUGAAAAUGCCACUUCCAUGUGUUCACUACUUUUUGCCAAAACAGUGUCACACUACAGAAUGGUGAUUGUUGUUUGUUAAACCCUGUCAUGUCUUUAUUAUAAAGGGACUAAUAACAUACCUGAGCAGCUUAGAAACUCUGGUCAGUUUAGAGCUGAAACUAUUAAUCAAUUAGUUGAUCACUCAAUUGACAGAAUAUUAAUCAGCAACUAUUUUUAUUAUGAAUUAAUCGAUUACAUCAUUUUUCAAGGAGAAGUUUCAGCUGCACACAUGACUGGCUCAAAAAUCAUUUUUGUGAUGUGGCCUCUGUAGACCUUUUUUAAUGUUUAUCUGAUGUAAAUGUGACAAUACAGAGUCAUAUCAGAUGGUUGUCACCCUUGUAGUUUUACAGCUGGUUCUUUUGUAAUGAUUGUGUAUGUGAAGAAGAGCCUGCAGCUCUGAUUGUAGUUACUACACCAACAUGACCUCACAGCUUCAACAGCACCUUUGUUUUCUCAGCUGUCAAUUAAACAUGUCCCCCCCCCCCCCCACACACACACACACACACUCUCCACGCAGAGAAGUUUCUGAUCCUCAAACACUUUGAUUCUUCCUUCCAGUGAUAAACAUACACUAACCCCUUGAUUUCAGCUGUAAUGUGUGUCAGUCACUGACAGUCAGGAUCUUCUCUCUGAUCAUGUGGAUUAUAUGUGUCAAUAGUGACCUUUUUUUGUUCUUGAUAAUCAAUAAUGUUGUUUUACAGCAGGAGGGACUCGGGAAGUAAUAAAGCAUUUCCUUGAUUUCAUUUUUUAACAGGCAUGAGAAAUAGGAGUUGUAAAUAAAUGAAUAUAUGAAUAUAAAUCUUUAAAUAAACAAUUAAUUAAUCAAUAAAUACUUCAGAUAUAAAAAUGGAUUUACAAAAACAGCAUAAAACUCUUAUUAAAUAAACCAUUUAUAAAUAUAUUUAUUAAUUCACGAAUAAAUUGUAGAAUUUGAAAAACUCUGAAAAGGCAUUUUAAAAAUGGGAAUAAAUUCCUGGAUUCCUUCCUUAAUUUCCAUUUCCUUUUUCCAGCUCUUUCCUUUCAUUUAGCUUCUCCUUUCAGCCUCUCUGGUAAAACCCACUGGUUAGCUCUCCAACCAAUCAGAGAGCUUAUUACAUCCCGCGGCCAUUUUCAAAUCUGAAGUAUUUAUUGAUGGAUUAAUUGUUCAUUUAUGAAUUCUUUUUACAAUUCCUAAUGCCUAUUAAAAUAUGAAACUAAGGAAAUGCUGUAUUACUUUUCCUGUGACAUCCCUGGUUCUCUACAGGGAAACGUGGGUAGAACAUCAGCUCCUCCACUGUGUGGUGCUGAAGUUACACACCUGAACACCGGGACACAAAUUGUUCUUAUAACAUGAAUGUGUGUGUGUUUAUUUCUCAGUGUGACCCUGCUGUUGAUUUAUUGUUUGCGCAAUUUUUAUGUACACAUUCACAAUUUUUUUUUUUUUACUUUUUUGUUUUUUUUCACAGGUACAAUUAUACAAACACACACUUUAAUCUUUUACCUUCUUCAGCCUGUAUCAGGGAAUCUGAAAAGAAAGUGUGAUUUUUAGAUGACGAAUGUGAAAUGUAUCAUAAUAGAUGUAGUUUAAUGACUCUGAAAAUUGUGUUUUACUGUAGAUGAUGUACAGUUAUCAAACACUGGGUGAAUGACAUGUUAAAUGAUGCUGCAGAGGCAGUUUCAUCAGAGUGCUGUGGCCUCAGUGGUCCAUCAAUAAUCCCUGUUUAUCAUCUCCACUAGUCCCACUGCUAGUUACUAAUUAUCCGAACAUUUGUGUAAAGAAUGAUCAUACAUAUUGAAAGGUGGUGUCUUGAUGCAGUUAUAAUACACAUAUUAAAUAAAUUUACUUAUAUAACUA